AUGGCUGGCCACUUAGAGCUACGUUCAAAACAAAGAGCAGUGAUUGAAUUUCUUGUUGCUGAGGGGGAUAACCCUGUGAACAUUCACCGACGAUUACAACAUGUCUUUGAGGACAAUACUUUAGAUUAUAGCAAUGUAUGCAGGUUUAAUCGUCCUUUGAAAGAUAAAAAGGUGGGAACUGUGAGUGUAGCCGAUAAACCCCAUUCUGGCUGGCCGUCCCCUUCUGAGAAUCCUGCCAAUAAAGCAAAAGCAGAUGCUCUGAUCAGAGAAGACAGGCGCAUAACUCUUGAUGAGUUGGCAGAAAACCUUGAAGUGAGCCAUGGAAGUGCUUACAACCUUGUCGAAUCAUUUGGCUUUUCAAAAGUGUGUGCUCUUUGA